AAAGUGGGAAAAAUUCUCUGGUAUGAAAGUUUUCACUCUCAUAGUUUUCCUUUUUACUCGCCGCUGGACUGCUGUAUCAUUAAUUAUUGGCAGGACCAGUAAUUGGAGAUUUGAGAUUAAUCUGACAUCAUUCUACAUCGGCCCUGAAGCGCGCGCGCUCUUCACCGGCUCAGGGAGCGCGCGGCCAGACGCGCUUUUGAACGACUGAAGCAGGAGCAGAGCGUCUAACUGCACAUGUCCCGCAAGGGGGGAGUUAUUAUUAGUGAUCAAUAUGAGGGGCUUUAAUUGCAAAAUGGUGGAUCGAUGGAGAACAAUAAGCAACGCAAGGAUGCCGCCGCCUCUGCUGCUACUGAUCUUCACCUUCUUCUAUAUUUCAAACGCAGCUAAUCCUAUUGACCUCAUAAAGACUCUGGAGUUUUCGGAGAACAUGGAGGGCGUGUCCUUGGAAGCAGGACUGUGCACCAGCAGGAAAGGACGAGAGGAGACUGACCUCUCGUUUAAGAUCAAUAAGAAGAUCCAGCUGAGCGCUCCCACCAAGCAACUCUUUCCAGAUUUAGCCUUUCCUGUAAAUUUCUCACUCAUGACGACAGUUAAAGCUGUAAAAGGAUCACAAGUCUUUCUUCUCUCCUUGUAUGACACCCAGGGAACACAGCAGUUGGGUUUAGAGCUUGCUCGCUCUCCUGUUUUCCUGUAUGAAGAUCAUGAGGGUCAGCCGACUCCAGAACUUUACCCCACCUUCAGAAAGAUUAAUGUGGCUGAUGGCAAGUGGCACAGAAUCGCAUACAGCGUGGAGGGCCAGUCAGUAACCCUCUACUUAGACUGUGAGAAAGUGGAGACUCUGGAACUGCUCAGAGGUCCUGAUCCCCAUGUCAGCACUGAUGGAGUUACUGUGUUUGGAACCCGUCUGCUGGAUGAGGAGGUUUUUGAGGGACAAAUCCAGCAACUGCUUCUAGUCGAUGAUCCCAGAGCAGCAGAAACCUACUGCCAAGACUACAUCCCAGACUGUGAUUCAGCUUUACCCUAUGAAAGCAUUUCAAUAGAGACUGAAGAGGAAGAAGGAACACCUAAGAAACGCAUAGUGGAAGAGUUUGACUACAGCGUUUUCUAUGAUGACAUCUCAGUGUCCACUGUGACUGCAGGUCCUAAUGUAACUGAGUAUGAGUUUAUAGAGUACGAGGACUAUGACAACACAACAAACUACUACCAUGUAAAUGAGUAUGAGGAGUAUGAUGAAGAAUACGACGAUCGCUACGGACCUGCGGAGAGAGAACGGGAGUACUUGCUUAACACUCAGAACUUACCAGAGAAAGGACAGAAGGGAGAGCCGGGUUAUUUGGGUCUGGGAACUCAGAUUACAGGACCAUAUGGACCUCCAGGACCAGAGGGAGAACCAGGCCCUCCAGGAAUCACAGGACCGGUGGGCCCUCGAGGAGACCCUGGAGAGCUGGGCCCUCCUGGGCGGCCGGGCCUUAAUGGUGCUGAUGGGAUCCCAGGUCCUCCAGGAAACAUAAUGCUGAUACCGUUCCAGUCUGGUGGGGACCCAAAGACAGGUGCUAUUGUUUCUGCACAGGAGGCUCAGGCUCAGGCCAUCCUGCAACAGACAAAGCUGGCAAUGAAGGGCCCUCCAGGGCCACUGGGUCUCAGAGGAAGACCUGGACCACUGGGUGCAUCAGGUCCCCCGGGGCUGAAAGGCAGCAGUGGUGAAAUGGGAGCGAUGGGUCCUCCAGGACUGCCGGGUAUUCCAGGUCAGAAUGGAAGACCGGGAAAACGGGGUCGGGGAGGUUCAGAUGGGGCUCGUGGUGCGAUAGGAGAAACAGGAGCAAAGGGAGAUCGGGGCUUUGAUGGCUUACCUGGUCUCCCAGGAAAUAAAGGACACAAGGGAGAUAGGGGGAAGCCAGGACCUGUAGGCCCCCCAGGAGAGCUGGGAGAAAAGGGCUCCCAGGGGCCACCGGGGCCAAGAGGACAACCAGGUGAUCCUGGUUCCAGAGGUCUGAAUGGCCCCAGAGGUCGCCCUGGAAACCAAGGAUUGCCGGGCAUUCGUGGAAUUGACGGGAUGCAAGGUUCAAAGGGCAACAUAGGACCACCAGGUGAAAUUGGAGCACCUGGACAGCAAGGCAACCCUGGAAUCAUUGGUUUUCCUGGCCCUCAGGGGUUAGUAGGACUGCCAGGAGAAAAGGGACCCCAAGGGAAGAAAGGGAUGCAGGGCUUACCUGGAAACGACGGGCCUCCAGGUCAUCCUGGCAGAGAAGGCUCCCCGGGUGAAAAGGGAUUGCCAGGUCCUCCAGGAGUGCAAGGACCUGUUGGAUACCCUGGACAACGUGGAGUAAAGGGAGCAGAUGGAGUCAGGGGAUUAAAGGGAAGCAAAGGAGAGAAGGUAAACAUCUUUACACUUGCAGCACAGCAAUUCAGUUAA